AUGCUGCGCUGCUGCGGCUGCCGAUGGAGCGUGUGGUCGAGUCACCUCUCCACGAAGCGCACCGUGGUUGAGGCGUACGAGCAGCUUACGCGCAAAGGUGUCAUAGUGGCCGACGCCCGCCAGCGCCACAUGUUAGAGGCCUGCACACCCCUCCUCCAGUAUAUUCACCAAUGCUACGCCGACGAGGCUGCCGGCAAGAUAUCACCGUACACCCGGGCAUGCGUGCCACCACGCGGUGAAGGGGGCUACUGGGCACAGGUGUGGCGCUUGCUGCAGAAUUCUAUCCGGGCGACCCUUGCUAAGCAGGUGCGGCGGGCAUUUCCCGACUCCGGCAUCUGCACACGGGACCUCUUGGAGGCUGAGAACAUUGGUGUGGUGGAGAAACGUGGGCUGUACCUGUGGGGCGACGUGGGAAUAGGGAAAACGAUGACACUGGACCUCUUUGACCUCUGCAGCACCCCGUAUGCAAAGCGCCGCUCCCACUUACACUCCUUCAUGACUGAACUAGAGGACCGUCUCUUUCGCGCAGAGUUGGCGUUGACGCAGCGGCGCCGGUCAGCCGUGUCACCGAAAGAGAAGGAGGAGCUGCGUGCCAUCCGUCCCAUCAACCUGGUUGUGCAAGAGGUGUUGCACGAGACGCCUAUCCUGUGUUUUGACGAGUUUCAAACGUUUGAUGUGGCCCACGCCGCGCUACUGGCUGCCUUCUUCACUGAGGCGUUCCGUCAGGGACUCUUCCUAAUCACGACGAGCAACCGCCCCCCAGAGGAUCUGUGCCGCACUUCGGCUUCCUUCAAUGCCUUCCUUCCCGUACUGCGGCAGCACUGCCGUGUCCUGCACUGCCCCAAUAUCCGUGACUACCGCGUGAAGAGGGCGGCGGAGCGGCACCACGAGCAGAUCUUUUUGCACCCGAACACGAAGGCGAACGUGGAGCGGCUGCUGCGGCGUGUCGAGCACGCUUUGGGGACACGUGGCGCUGACUCUGUAUGGGUCAGGGAGGACACCCUGUGGCAUCACGGCCGCAGCGUGGUGAUUCCGCUGCGAUGUGGCGGGUGUGCCGUGUUCGAUUUCACCGACAUCUGCGGUGCGCGAGAAGGGCUCUCCUCUGCUGACAUCCAACUCGUUGCGCUGCAGUUCCACACCAUCAUUGUCACAAACGUACCACAUAUGGGCAAUAUGAGCACUAACGCAUCGCACCAGUUCAUUCUGCUGGUCGAUGAAAUGUACCAGAGCAAUGUGAAGUUGCUUUUCACUUCCUUUGUGCCGUGGAACCAUCUCAUGGACCCCACCUACACCACAAGCAACGGGCGAGGCCUGGUAGACGACGCCUCUUGUGGCGGCGGCGGAACAACCGAUUCCGCAGGCGGUAGCCUUGAGGCCGAGGUUUACAGCGAGGGUGAGGAUGAACGGAGCGGGUACGCGGCUCACUACAACUUUAGAAACGAGGAGGAGGUCGUGAGCUUUGCGCGCAUUCGCAGCCGCCUCAACGAAAUGGGCACUGCAUCGUACCUCCUGCGGGACUACCGCCACUAUGUCGUCACCGAUUUUGACUUCUCUGCUUUGCUCAAUCCAGACAUAUAG